GUGGUAUCGGUCUGAAAGGUAACAGGUUGUCUUUAGCAAGUGUUUCCCCUGGGGCACAUUACUGUAGUUAGGUCUGUCAUUUUAAGACACUUUGUAUAACAUCAGUUUUCAUGAAGAAAAGCCACAAGAGCAAAGGAAGAGUAGAGUGAAACAUAAAAUUAGCCUUAAAAUAUCAGAAUGUCUGCUCCUGUCUCGGGUAGGAAGACUCCAGUGGAUCACGGUGUUCAGAUUCGCUUUAUAAAUGACCUGCAUGAUACAGGAGGGGGAGGAGGAGGAACCGGGAGUGGACAGUCUCGAAAAGAUGGUCCAAAAAAGUCCUCUUCCCGCUAUGGAGUGGCCGUUAGGGUGCAGGGAAUCGGUGGUCAGCCCUAUGUUGUGCUGAAAGAGGGAGAAAAAGGAGAUUCUUAUGGAGUGCAGUUGAGAACCCAACCACCUGCCUAUAACAGCCUGCCCAGGAGGAGAGAAGAUGGAGUAAUCCAGGGCCCUUAUUUCUCAUCUGGAGAGAACGCCAACUUGCGUAGGGCUCAUUCUCACGGAUCCCUGUUGGAAAGAGAAAGCAGCAGUGAUGACUUCACAGAUCAGCUUCGCCGUCCCCUUGGAGAUGGACGCUCUGGUAGCUACGGUAACCUGGAUGGAGGUAUUGGUGUGGGAUCAGAGAGGGAGCCUCCCAGAGAAAGGAUGGAGAGAAAUCAGUGGGGUGGUUCCUACCAGACAGGGCUGAAUGGCACUUUGGGUAGAGGAAGAGGAGGAGGCAGUCACUACACAUCAGCAGAAUCUGUUGAAAUAUCCCAAUACAGUGAGCAAUAUCAAAGCCAAUCAGUUCCCAGUUCCAACCGUCAGACUCCUGUCACCAGAUUCAUCAAUAAGUUUGAAGGGGGCCCGGCCACACAAGCAGAUAACACUGGAAUCACUGCUACGGGGCGUUAUCCUGGCAUGAAUGGCGAAGACAGACCUUCCUCAACCUUGCCAUCACAUUCAUCUUUUAUUCCGAACAAAUAUACCUCACCACCCUCUUCCUCGCCUGGUUCAGCCUACAGCAGUGUGGGGCGGAGCUCCGGGUCAGUUGCCAAGGUCACUGCUGUCACCUCAUCUGCCAAUCAGUGGCCCACUUCAGUUGAUUCAAUUGAUGUAACCCCUGACCUCCUGCUGGACCAGGGUCAAAGUUCAGGGUCAGAAUUCUCAACUGAAGAUCAAAUACAGCAGAUAAUCUACGAUGUUCUGCGUCAAGGGAGUACAGAGGGAGAUGCUGCCAUUAAGCGUAGGGUUCGAGUGAUCUGCAGUAAGAUUCAAGGACUGAAGGGAGCUCAGGUGAGCAGACCUGAUGACUCAUUAAAAGAGGAGCUUGAGAAACGUCUUGAUGACAAUGUCCAGCUACAGGAACAGCUGAGCAGAAAGAGUACAGAGCUACAUCAAAUGCAUUCAGAACUGACUCAGUUGCGCAUGGACAGAGAGUAUGCACAGUCUCAUGUUAGAGAGCUGGAGGAUCAGCUGGCAGGACUACAGCAGGAGCUGAGGAGAGAUUCGGAAAACAGAGCUCAGGCCGACACCAUGCACAUGGAAUUGAUGGCAACAAGAGCUGAUUUGGCCGAAGCAGCAGCACUACGUCAGAGACAUGAGGACCUUCUGAGACAGAAAGAGAGAGAACUGACCGCUCUUAAGGGGGCUCUUAAAGAUGAGGUCUCCACACAUGACAAGGAAAUAGAGACUCUCAGAGAACAAUAUAGACAAGAUAUGGAGCGACUACGAACCAGCAUGGAGCAGGUUUCACAGUCUCAAGCAUCCAUUGAAGCGGAGCGUCACCGGGUGAACUCCACAGUGAGGACUCUUCAGCAGCAGUUGGAGGAGUGUAGAGAUGAGGGGAACCACUGGAGAGAGCAGUUUCAGUCCGGUCGAGAAGAGCUGCGAAAAACCAAACAAGAAUUACUUCAGGCUCGUCUGGAGAAAGAGGAGUUUGAGGAGGAGCUCAAAGAGGUGCAGGAGAAAGUGACCCUUAUGAAACAGCAAAUACCAGAUCCCAAACACACCCAGACACUCAGCCAGGAAGUUGAGCGUUGCCGUGCCGACCUGCAGAAGGCUCAAGCAGAGAUGGAUAAACUUAAAGAAAACCUUGAUAAGAAGACAAUGGAAAUUGUUUUACUAAAGAAGAGCAAACAGGAGCUGGAGGCAGAGCAGAAAUAUGAGAUUGACAGGUUGAAGGACCAAUCGCGCAGAAGCAAGGAAGAACUUACAAAAGCACAUGAGAGAGCCAAACAGCUAGCUGAACCUUCAUUGAUGGAGGCUCUGCGCAAAGAGUUGAGUGAAGCGCAAGAGGAGGUGGAGCGACUGCGCAGUCGGCUGCUCUCAGCUGAAGAAGAGCUGCAGUCAGAGAGCAAAAAACUUGGCUCUCUUCAAUCCCAAUCAAUAAGUUUAUCGCAGGAACGCAGAGAUCUUGAGGAAGAAAACUCGCGCAUGAAGGAAAGGAUUACACGCCUGGAGUCUCAGCUUCAGGAGCGCUUGUCUCAGAGUAUGGAGGUUGAACAGGAGCAGCAGGAGGAGACCAGAAAACUGAGACAGCAACUUGAGGAGUCCAGACGUGAGAACGCCAGGCUGGGCCUGGAGAGGGAUGAGCUGGCUCGCAACCUGGAGGAGAGAGAGAGGGACAGAGAGGGCAUGCGCAAGGAGAACACACAGCUAGAUGAUCAGAGAAGACAGCAGGAAAGAGCGCUAGACAAACUCAACAAAGAGAUAGAGCGCUUGUCUGCGUCCUCCCGUGAGGAGGUGCGGCUCCUUCAGGCUCAGCUGGACGAGCAGAAAGAGAAGUGGAAGAAGGAGCAGCAGGACUCUCAGAAAAACACCAAAGAGAAACUCAGUGAGCUGGAGAAAGCUCAGAGCACUAUUCACUCCCUACAUGAGGAGUUGGCUCGUCAAAAGAAGGAGUUGUUUGCGUGUUAUGAGGAGAAAGACAAUAUAGUUUUGGAUAAAGAGCUCCUCACCAACCGUGUCAAACAUCUGGAAAGUGAGUUGGAGACGCAGCGCAGCACGCAUACCGACCGCUCCCGAGAGAUCCGCAGCAUGGAGGACAAAAUCAAGCAUCUGGAGCUGGAGUUGGACGAGGAGAGGAGCAAUGGUGAGAUGCUGACAGAAAGAAUCACCAGGAGCCGUGACCAGAUUGAACAGCUGCGUGCAGAGCUCAUGCAAGAGCGAACCUCCAAACAAGACCUGGAACUGGACAAAAAUGCUCUGGAGAGACAGAUCAAAGAGUACAAGUCUCGUGUAGCAGAGAUGGAGGGCCAAUCGCGCUCCUCUACUGGUGUGUCUCAGCUGGAGAGCAAAAUCCAGGAACUUGAGGAACGAUUGCGCACAGAAGAAAGAGAGAAAACCACAGUGCUGUCAUCACAGCGACGUCUGGAGAGGAAAUUAAAGGAUCUGAACAUCACCUUGGAUGACGAGAGACAGCAGCACAUAGAGCAGAGAGACCAGCUGACUCUACGGGUGAAGGCUCUGAAGAGGCAGGUGGAUGAAGGAGAGGCAGAGGCGGAGCGGCUUGAAGGCUUGAGGAGGAAAGCCAUCAGAGAUAUGGAGGAGCAGCUGGAACAGAGGGAGGCGUUGCAGUCUCGAGUGACGGCGCUGGAGAAUGAGCUCAAGAGGAAGAUCCAGCAGGCCCGGCAGUCCGCUCUGAACUCUUCAGUGCUUAGCUCUGAGGAUGAAGAUGAUGAUGGAUUAUAUGAUCAUUCCAGCAUAACCUCCAUCCUUACCGAGAGCAAUCUAAAAACCAGUUCUUGCUGAAGAAACAAGAGAGAAGAAUUUAUGGAAUGGGGCGUGAAUGAGUUUGAUGUUGAUGUGUCCAUAAAAGGAAAUUGGAUUAACAUGCAACUCCUGGACACUGUGUAACUUCAGUCCUGCUUUCAAAUCAAUAUUUAGCAGUGAGACUUUAAGUCUUAAAACACUAUGCCACGGUACUGUACCCUUACCCUGACACCAGACAUUUACACUGUCAGCGAGAUGAUGUCAGACAUGUAAAGCAAUAGAUGCACUUUUUUGAGGCAACCUUUGUUAUCGGCAUUAAAUGUGAGAAUAAGGCACCCCUUUAUUUUAGAAAAGCAGACCUCUGAUGUUUAUAUGUGCAGCAUAGAUUUUAUUUCCAAAAAAUAGUUAAUAGUUAAUAGUAGAAAUAGUUAAUAAGGUAAUGGACAACAGUGCCAUGAGACUAUUAGAGGUUAAAAGUCAUUAGGGAUAGUAAGUGAAAGUAAGAAGUUUCAUUUUACAUUAUGUGAAAGAGUAAUAUAGUAGAAGUGAAGGACGAAUGAUUGAAUUUGAUCAAAAGAGAUGACUGCAGCAGUCUACUGUAUGUGUUUUGCAGUCUGUACUCGUAUAAAAGAACAAAUCUGCCUCAAUUGUGUUUUACAUUGUGGUAAACGCAAAGCAAGGGGGGGUUAAUAUAUGGUUAAUAUUCAACAACAUGCGUCUUAAAGAUCAAAACUUGUAUUCUAGUUUUUCCAGUUUUGAGAGUUGUACAGUAUCAAUAAAGGUGUUGUAAUCCUUUUUAAUUCUUGCUUCUCAGAAUAGACGUAUAUUUUAUUAUGUUUACAUAGAUUUAGGGCAGGUGUGGAUCCAGGUAUGAGUAAAUCAGCACUACAUUAAUGCAACACUGAAAUUCAUUUAACAACAAUUAUGUUUUUAUUUUAAAAAUUGUAAUGUAAAUUAUGAUUACCGAUUAUGAGCUUUAUAUGUAGUGUUAUAAACAUUGCAGAGCCAUUUAAAAUCAACAGCACUAUAACAUUGUCUUUAUUAAAUAAUGAAAGCAUCCAUUUAAGUAUGUUUAGUGGAUUUUUAUCUUUAAAAUAACAAUGAAAUUAAAAAUGAUUUCAUUUUGUGUUUUUUGUGUACCAUGAUCAAUUUGAUCUGUUGUUUUCAAUGCACAAUAUCAAAGUAGCAGUUUAUAUAAAAUACAGUAGCUAGAAUUCGAUUAUUCAUGUACUGAAUCAAAGUCUGUCAUUUCUUUGAUACCAAGCUGCCUUUUUUCUCAUCUGUAUUUAUUACUUCAAUACUUUUUCUAUCCACACUACAGUUUUGAUUAAUGUGAAUUGUACAAUGACACUACAGUGCCUUGUAAAAUGUUUUUAUUUUUCCUUUAAAGUAAUACAGAAUGAUUUAUGUACAUGUAUUUUGUAUUUAUGUAUUUUUCAUAGUAUUUGUCGCAAACCGUGAUCAACUCAAUGAAAGCCUUGUAUUUGUCCAGAAGCACAAGCUUUUCUAUCCACAAUAAAUUCAGUAUUUAGUA